AGUAUUCCUUCCCAAAAUUGACUCUUUUCUCUAUGAAAUUCUUCCUUUGAGAAUUUGUUCUUUGAUUGCUCUUCUGCACGAAUCGGACCGCUUAGCAUAGUGUAGCUAAUUGCACAAUUUGGCAAAUACAGCACUUUGAUUCUUCAUGGAACUCAAAUUUCGACAUCGAGAUUACAAAGCUGAAGAACAAGUUCACUCCCUCUCUCGUGUGGCAGCAGAGACUCAUCCUCUCUCUCCUCAAUCACCGUCGUCUGACCAGGUUGAUGGUACGGAUUAUGGCAGGGACGAGUUCUUUGAUCCAUUAAGGGAGAAUCAUGGAAAACCAGAGGAUUCCAUGAAGGGUUUAGGAAGAACGUCUACUGAAAUCGCAGGUGAACCGUAUAGAGAUAUUGCUAUUCAUUUUCUGGGCAAGGAGUGGACAUCUUACAAGAAAGUCUUGAUGCAAAAAUUUCCUGUCUCCAAAAUGAUCUCUAUUUCUUCGCUGUCAAGCUCAAUUAUGAAGACAGGCAAGGGCCCUGAGAAACCCUCAGCAAAUGUACAUCUAGAGGAGCUAGAUGAUCCUCAGAGAUUUGCUGAAGAAGGUGUUAAAUAUAUCACCCUGCAGGAGUAUGUCUCACGCUUAACUGAACUUAAAGAUGAAAUUAGUCGUGCCUGGCAUGCAAGUGACCGCGUAACCUCCUUUAAUUUGUCAAUCAAGGUUGCUAAGUUACUGUCGGACACAUCUGUACUACAAUUGUAUCCAACACUUUUUGUUCUAGCUACAGAAAUACUAGAUAUGUUAGGGGAUAUGGUAUGGGAACGCAUCAGGCAGAAAGCUGAAUAUACUGAAGAUGGGACAUUAGUCCAUUUACCAGGUAACUUUCAAGCAACUGAAAUCUGUGCUGAAGCCAAAGAAACCUGCUAUAACUGGUUUUGCAAAGUUGGUUCCAUCCGCGAGCUACUGCCACGCAUAUACUUGGAGCUGGCCAUAUGCCAUUGCUGGCGUUUCCUUUCGGAACAACCUGCCAAUAAUCUUCCACGACUGGUUAUGAUGGCAAGAGGCAUUGCAGAUCCACUAGCAUCGUUUUAUUGCCGCUUAUAUUUGGCCCAUUGUGCACAAAAAUUGCCUCAACGGGACAUAGGGCAUCUGAUAAUUUCUAUGAAUGACAUGAAAACUCUUCUGAUGAAUGGUGCACAUGUUGCAUCUGCGGAGAAACCGUCUGGAGCUCUAUCAGGAACUCGAAGUUCAAAAUUGGGCCUGAUGGAACCAGCUAUAGAAUAUGUUAUGAAAUGCUUGUUCAAGGAGUCAUGUGAGCACUUGCAAAUCGGAGACAUAUUGAUGGGGCUUGGACUUGCGAGGAAUCAAUCAGAGUUAUUUGGAAACUCAUCAUGCGUCUCGCUUGUUCUCCACCAUUUAUUAAGGGAACUUCCUAUAAGAAUAGUUUGUUCUAAUGCCUUGGACAUUCUUCAUCUCAUUGAGUGUAGCAACGAUUACUCCUUCGAUCAGUGUUUGAAUUAUAAGUUACUGGGACUCAGACUAUGCGAAAACAUAUCUCAUGUGAAUGAAGUCAAUCUCGUGAUGAAGAAGGUUAUCCAGGUUGUUUCUCAGUUUAAUAGUCUUGAUGAGUACCUCAAUGUUAUAGACGCUCAUGUAGAUAUCGCUCUCCAGAAACACAUGGAUAGUUAUCUGGACAGCAUAUUAGAUGGGAUAUUUGAGCGCACAUUAGAUGAUGAGAUUGGUGAGAAUGAGCUAUCAAGCCUGCAAUCAAUUCUUCUGAAGCUUCUAAAUCAUUUUGAUAACCUUGAGCACAUAUUGCGAUUGAAUCAUUUCAAUCAAAUAUUAAGCAUGAUGCAGGGGAGCUCUAGGACCAUCGUCAAUAUGCGGAUCCUUAGUAUUGCUACAAGGUAUUCUUGUGUUAGAGAUCCUACGACCAUUCAAUUCCUUUUUGAAGUUUCAAGGUCCUUGCAUGAUAGCAUAGAUCUCUCAACUAUUAAGGAAAAGGAGAACAACCAUUCAGCACAUUUAGUUUCUCGUUUUAUACACAUGGUUGAUUAUGAUUCUGAAGUUAAACGCCACUUAGAUUUUUUGGUUCAGUGCCGUGGAGCUUUUGGAAGCAUGAGUGAAGUCAAGGAAAUGAUUGUUCAUUCCAGCAAUUUACUGGUGGUUAAAGCUACACGGAAUGACAUUAGUGAUGUCAUUUUUGUCAAAUCUUGUAUAGCAUGCAGUGAAGUUACAAUACCAUCUAUCCCAUCUCAUCUGAAACAGUUAAACCUCUACUUGGAAACUGCAGAGGUUGCAUUAAUGGCUGGUUUAGUUUCUCACUCAGAUGGACUUGUAGAUUCAGCAUUGAGGUGCUUGCAUAAUGUUGACUUAUUUGAAGGCUCAAGGAUUCCCAAGGACAUUGAUGGGUUUCAAUCAACAUUAUGCAAAUUUUGCAGUCUUAUUGUUAUGAUUCCAGGAUCACUAAGGGGCUCCCCUAUCUUGGCAGAAGCUUAGCAUUUGGGUCCAUAAGAGUGUGAAUUGAGCAAGAGCCCUUCCAUAUGGGACUGUCUACAGCCUGCUAUUCCCGUCUCCUCAAGAAUGUCUAGGACAUAUUCUGUUGUGAAUUGACAAUACCUGACUUAGACAGAGCAAACUCAAUACCUAGAAAAUACUUCAAUCCAGGAGACCCUUAGUUUGGAAGUUCUGAAAGAGAUAUUGCUUCAAUCCAGUGAUACCAUCUUGAUCAUUGCCAAUAAUGACUAUAUCAAACAUAACCCACUAAGUUGAUUCAAAGACUUAGAGAAGAAUACCCUAUAAAACACAUAAUGAUCAGUUGCACAUUCAUGCCAACUCCUGCAUAAUUGUGAUGAACUUACCAAAUCAGGCUUGAGGAGACUGUUUUAGACGAGAAAGUGAUCGUCGCAAUAAGUGAACAAGGCAACUGAACUCCCCUGAGCGACGAAGUCAGGUGGUUUCUCUAUAUAAACCUCAAUCCUCAAGAUCAUCAUGGAGAAAAACAUUCUUAAUGUCCAACUAAAUAAGGAGGUCAAUGACAAAUAUCACCAUGGAUGGUAAAAAGAUGAAAAUAUAUUAUUUUUGCACGGGUGAGAAAGUAUCAUUGUAAUCAAAGCCCAAAUAUCUGAAUGUAAUCUUUGGUCACAAGGCAAGUCUUAAGUCUAUCUGUUUGAUCACCUGGACUAUUUGACUAUAUAAACCUGCGGACAACCAAUUCAAAUUCACCCGGAUGAGAAACAAGAUCCCAAGUACUAUUAUUGGGUAAAGCAGAUAUCUCCUCAUUAGUACAAGUUGAAAUCCAGGGUGAGAGACUGUUUUACCUGUAGACAUGAGGAUUAAAACAUAGGUUAAACAUGGCACAAAGACAUAAUGAGCUGAUGAGAGCCAAUGACAACUCAAACAUGUAUAAAGGGGGUUGAGGUUACGAGUGGAUCAAAUACUUCUCCAAAGUUCAAAGAGUCGACUAUGAGAAGAGUCUGUAGAAGUUGAAGGAUCUGAUACAGGACGUGAAUCAUUUGGAUCUGAUGUUACAUGCUCACAUCAAGAGUAGUGAAGUUGUAGAUGAUGGACUGUGGGCGGUGAACUAUAGAUGGUUGAAUUGUGAGACAAGAUGAAGGAAAGAUAAUGACAGAAUUCCCCAAACAUGGAGCUGGUAACACCUAAAAAAUGUUUAGGUUGUCAGAAGAGGAGAGUUGAGUAUGGUUGCAUUCAACAAUGUGAAAUCAACAUACAUAAGGUACCACUGGACGUCAAGUGAGUAAUGUCACUAUACAUUUUGCACACUUGAGUAACCUAAAAUGUGCACUUAAGAACAUGAUUGGCUGACUUGUCUUUUCUCGGAGUGAAGUUAUUGACCAAACACACACUUCCAAACACAUGAGGUGGAAGAGAGAACAAGAUGAAUAGCGAAACAAAACAGCAUAUGGAACUUGAUUUAGAGAUACCUGAGAAAAGUAUACAAUUAAUAAGAUAAUAAGAUUUGAGAACUGUAUCCCCAAAAAUGUAAUGUAACAUGAGAUUGUAUGAGUAGUAUGCGAGCAGUCUCAAUAAGAUGCCUAUUCCUCCUCUCAGUUGUCCCACUUUGUUGAGAUGUAUAAGGGUAAAAUGUUUGAUUAAUGAUCCCAUGAGAGUUCAUAGAACUACUAAACGGAGAAGAUAAAUAUUCUGAAACAUCCAAUUUUACAGCACUAAUUUGAGACAGAAUUAUUAUCUAUUUUUGUAUCACCCAUAGUUUGAACAAGUAAUGAUCCUUGGUGUCAAAAAUUGAGCACGGAUAUUCAGAAAUAAACAAUAACCUUCCUGAGAUAGAAUCUGCCUGAUCUAGCCGGAAAAAUUAUGCCUGAACGGCUGGACCAAAUCUUCUAGAACUUGGAUUGGAAGGGUCGGAAUAGGUUUUCGACCUGAGAUCUGAAAAAUAUUUCUGGGAGAAGUCGUUGGAAAGCUAGUUGUUGGGUCAGAACCCUAAUUUUGGUGAUCGGUAAAAAAUAAAUAUCGGUAGGUAUGUACUCCGAACAAGCCUUUGAACUGAGAGAUGGAAAAAAAAUCGGAAAAAUUUGUUAGAGAAGUAGAUCUCACAUUAAAAGUAGCUGCCACUCCGGAACCCUAAUUAUGGUAGCCAAAAUAAAUCAAAGCUGGUAGGAAUAGGCUCGGAAUGUUCCAGCAACCCAAUGGAGAAAAAAACAAUUCCAAAAGGAACUGAUCGGAAGGAGAUUGUGAUGCAGACAGCCAACCAAGAAAGAGAAAACUUGACCUCUUUGAUAAAUACGGAACCCUAGUGCUGUGAGGGAGAUAACUCACCUCAAAAAGGCAACAAUGGCUCUGAUAUCAUGUAAAGAAAUGAAUCUUGAAAUUAACUCAACCUCAAAAGCUAGCUGAUGAGGGGAGGAUUGCGCAAGGCUAUAAGGAGACCACUCAUCCCUUUUUAACUCAAUGUGGGACUCUUCAACACCCACCUCACAUCCAAGGCAGGACAUCUGGAGCGUGGAAACUUUUAUAUGGGGGUGCAACAUCGGUAACAGUAAUUGGGAUAGACCAGAGCACCAUGAAGAUUUAAAGAAGAAGAAAAGGCUUCUUUGUAUUUCUUUAUGAAUAUACAACCCAUGAGAAUGGGUUUUUAUACCAUGAGUGCUAAGACUAAAUAAGGAAAGACAAUAUCACAUAAUCAAUUACAUUCAAUACACUAUCAUGCUACUCCUGUAAUUAACCUAUUAGUAUCAAUCAACAUUUUCUCACCAAUGCUCAGAUAUCAUGUUAGAAAAAUAAGACAAGAAAGGAAGAAUUGAGUGACAAGUCAGCUUAAUUAUUCCUUCAAGCUAUUGUAAUUCAAAUAGUGAAUGUACAAGUGCCAAAACAGGAAAGAAUCAAUCUAAUUAAUUGGACUAUUCCUAAUUGAUUAACGAUAUUGUUUACAAUAUUCUUAAUAGUGAGGGUCUAGUGUCUUGUGUAAAGUGAGACUAGAGAGUACUACUAGAUCGGAUGGUCACUGAAACUCAUUGAUGGAGAAGGCAAAAGUUGUGGAGUUAGAUCAUGAAAUGUCUCUUGGUAACUCUGAAAUGGAAAUAUAGAGCUUUUAAUGUGAUGAAGAUAGUUUUCAAUCAGUUAUGGUUCUAUAUUUUGUAGAAAUUAUGCUGCCAGUCAUGGAGUUGUUGAACUCUUUGAGAUGAACGUGUUCCUUUUUUACUCAUCUUUAUAAGUACUUGCAUAAGAUUGGCCACAGUUGGUAUCCAAUUUGCUUUGCUCAUCUUUAUAAGCAUUUUUAUAAGAUUGGCCACAGUUGGUAUCUAAUUUGGAUAUAUAUUUGGCAUUGGGAACAAAUAAUUUGAUAAUGCGUAAGGUCCUAGAAUGUUGUCAAAGAACUGCAUAAAGUGAAUUUUCUUUUUUGAUAAGAAUUAAUCGAUUUUCUGCUGAAGUUUAUGGAAAAGUAAAUUGAGUUAGGACAUCUUCCUAGCUAAUAAUUAAUAUAAGCAAAAAGAUAUUGAUACAAGUGUGCUAAGAUGUUUAGAUGUCAAAAAGUUUCGAUAGAAGAUCAAGUUAUACUUCCAAUGAGCUUUAUGGCACUGCCUUAUCUCCUGGAUUUUCA